AUGGUGUCCGUCGCUCCGAAUGGAUACGGUGCCGGAGGCGACGGCGGACUGGGAGUCGAUCUCGGCGGCGCAGGAGGCCACGGUGGUGCAGGAGGCCACGGCGGCAGCGGCGUUGGAGGCGGAAGUGUGCUUCCUGACGUCUUCGUCGGUACUCGUGUGCUUUAUGAAAGUGGAGUAACUGCUGGUGCUGCUGAAGGCGUCACUGGUGGUGAAUACAACGCUACAAGUGCUGGUGCUGCUGGAGGCCUCGGCGCCGGUGGAAGAGGCGUCACUGGCAGCGCGUGCUGGUGCUGCUGGAGCUUCGGCGCCGGUGGAGGAGGCACUGCUGACAUCGCUAUCGACGAAGAAUACACCCCGGUGGAAGUUUACAUGUCAGCUCCCCUGUCAGCGGAUAUGCUGCACCACACUACUUUUACUGCGUUGAUUGAUAAAGAAAAUCACUAG